GGCUCCCUUAAUCUUGAUCAUAAUAGGGGAAUUUAGAGAAUUUAUGGUUAUUCAAUAGAGUCUGUUGUUAGAGGAGUUUUUUUUAUUUUAGUUUUAGUUUUAGUUUUUUUUUUCGUUUUAUGAGGAUGUAUUGUAGAUUGACCGUCAGAUGAUGAUUGUCCUUGACAGAAAUUACAAUGUAUAUUGCUCCCUUUUUCACUAAGCUACGGAGGAAGAUUACAACGGAGGUAGUUGUAGAACUGCCGGUUUUCUUGGAUAAUUGGAAGCUUCUGCUCGCGGGGCUCAUAUUCCAGUAUAUUCAUGGCCUGGCCGUUCAUGGAGUUCACUAUUUCCACAGGCCUGGACCUGUUCUCCAAGAUAUCGGGUUCAUUAUUCUUCCGGAACUUGGGAAAGAGAAAUUUUAUAUCAGCGAGACUUUCUUCUGCGUCAUGUUUUUCUCAUUCAUAUUGUGGACGUUUCAUCCUUUCAUUUACAAAACCAAAUGCUUUUACACAGUCCUACUCUGGCGCAGAGUCGUGACUUCUUUAGCUGUUUCUCAGUUCUUGCGGAUCAUUACUUUCUAUUCUACAUUACUUCCUGGCCCUAGCUAUCACUGUCGCCAAGGUUCAGAAAAUGCCACAAUGUCACCACCUAAAAACGUACUUAAAGUGCUUCUCAUUAAUUUUCCUAGGGGGGUUGUGUAUGGUUGUGGUGAUUUGAUAUUUUCAUCCCACAUGAUAUUUACUCUGGUAUUUGUUCGGACAUACAAUAAAUACGGCUCUAAAAGAUUUAUCAAGACGCUUGCUUGGUUGAUGGCUAUCACCCAGAGUCUACUUAUAAUUGCUUCUCACAAGCAUUACUCUGUCGACGUUGUUGUAGCAUGGUACACUGUAAAUUUGGUGGUAUUUUUUAUUGACAAGAAAUUACCAGAAAUGCCUGAUAGAACUAGUAGCAGUGGAUCUCUGUUGCCAUUGAGCACCAAAGAAACAGACAAACGCAAAGAGGAGCACAACAAGCUACUGAAUGAUACUGCUGAUUGGAGACAAAGAACCCAAGUGAACGGGAAGCAUCAAGACAAUGGGAGCCAUUUCUAUAUUGAAGAACAUUGAAUGGCCUGUAGUGGAUAAUGCGAAGCUGUAACAAAGGUUGCUGGUUGAUGGAGGAUCAUUGCUUUUCUUUUUGGCCCUUAACCUAUGUGCAUAUUUGAAUGUAAAUUAGAGAUUCACCAGGAGUUUUCUUUUCAUCUUAAGUUGUGUUGUAAAUCAUUUGAUUGAUUUAAUUUGCAACGUAUAGUUUUAUGAAAAAUUCUUUAGGAACCUAAAAUAUGGGACCAAUAGGGGGGACAA